AUGCCGAGCCGCGAUCUUCGAGACCAGCAAGCGCCUGCCAACCCUCCCUUGAACCCGGUCGGCUCAGGGCCGGCAGAUGCACACAGCAAUGAGGAAGAGGGUGAUCCGUUCAAGCAUCUGCCUGAGCACGAGAGGGUCAUCCUCAAGAGACAGUUGGAUCUGCCUGCCACCAAGGUCAAUUACAUGACGCUGUAUCGUUAUGCGAGACGGAAUGACACGAUCAUCCUGGUCAUCGCCUCGCUCGCAGCAAUCGUCGGCGGUGCACUCAUGCCUCUGAUGACCGUCGUGUUUGGAGGGCUUGCAGGCACCUUCCGCAGCUUCCUACUGGGCGACAUAUCUGACAGCCAAUUCACCAGCGAGCUUGCCAGAUUCUCUCUGUACUUCCUCUACCUCGCUAUUGGCGAGUUUGUGAUGGUGUACUUGGCCACGGUCGGUUUCGUGUACGCUGGUCAACACAUCACAGCAAAAAUCAGACAGCAGUUCUUGGCCGCCAUUCUGAGGCAGAAUAUUGCUUUUUUCGACGAGCUCGGCGCGGGUGAGAUCACCACACGCAUCACGGCCGACACCAAUCUUGUCCAGGAAGGUAUCUCAGAGAAAGUAGGAUUGACCUUGACAGCCGUCGCGACCUUUAUGGCCGCGUUCGUGAUUGGUUUCAUCAGAUACUGGAAGCUCACGCUGAUUCUGUGUUCCACUGUCGCCGCGAUUGUUGUUACAUUGGGCGCCGUGGGCUCGUUUGUCGCCAAGCUCAGCAAGAAAUACCUCGGCCAUUUUGCUGAAGGAGGAACGGUUGCGGAAGAGGUCAUCAGCUCGAUCCGAAAUGCGGCUGCGUUCAAUACGCAAGAGAAGCUGGCUCGACGAUACGACGGGUAUCUUGUCGAAGCAGAGAAGUCCGGUUUCAAGCUCAAGUCCGCCACCAGCUCAAUGAUUGGUUUCCUCUUUCUGUACAUCUACCUCAACUACGGCCUGUCUUUCUGGAUGGGCUCCCGCUUCCUGGUGGAUGGGUCCGUUGGAUUAGCGCAAAUCCUCACUAUCCAAAUGGCCAUCAUGAUGGGAGCCUUUGCCCUCGGGAAUAUUACACCGAAUAUCCAGGCCAUCACCACAGCGGUCGCCGCAGCCAACAAGAUAUACGCAACCAUUGAUCGUGUCUCUCCUCUCGACCCUUUAUCGACCGAGGGGCAGAAGCUGGAGGAACUGCAAGGAAAUGUGGAACUCAAGAAUAUCAGACACAUAUACCCUUCCCGCCCCGAAGUUGUUGUGAUGGAUGACGUGAGCUUACUGAUCCCCGCGGGCAAGACUACUGCACUUGUUGGGGCUUCAGGCUCUGGGAAAAGCACUAUAAUCGGGCUGGUUGAGCGUUUCUACGAUCCCGUCGGUGGAUGCAUACACAUCGACGGCCAUGAUAUCAAAGACCUGAAUCUACGCUGGCUGCGACAACAAAUUUCUCUGGUGAGCCAGGAGCCUACCUUAUUUGCUACUACGAUAUUUGGCAAUAUCAAGCACGGUUUGAUCGGAACAGCGCACGAGCAUGAGUCCCAAAAAGCAAUUUGUGAGCUGGUCGAACGUGCUGCUCGAAUGGCAAACGCCCACGACUUCAUCACGUCCCUUCCUGAGGGCUACACAACCGACAUUGGCGAACGAGGGUUCCUUCUCUCAGGAGGUCAGAAACAACGCAUUGCCAUUGCUAGGGCCAUGGUUAGCAAUCCUAAGAUCCUACUACUUGACGAAGCAACAUCCGCACUCGACACGAAGAGCGAGGGAGUUGUGCAAGCCGCACUCGACAAAGCUGCCCAGGGACGGACCACUGUGAUCAUUGCUCACCGACUGUCUACUAUCAAGAAUGCGGACAAUAUUGUGGUUAUGUCCCACGGACGUAUUGUUGAACAGGGCACCCACGAUGACCUUCUCCAGAAGAAAGGGGCUUACUACAACUUGGUCGAGGCUCAGCGAAUCGCGACGAAGCAAGAGUCUAGAAACCAAGAUGAAGAGCCCAUUCUGUCUGAAACCAAUUACGAUUUGCGGCGACCCGAAUUCAAGGAGCAUCGCUACAUCUCAGACAAAGAGGUUCAAGGAGAAGACCCUGACGACCUUCAGGUGGACGAGACACGAUCAGACAGGACUGCAUCGAGAAAGACACUUGCGAAGAAAGGACAAGAGGACAUUGCCGACAACUAUACCUUGUUCACACUGAUUCGGUUUGUCGCUGGUUUGAACAAAAAAGAGUGGAAAUAUAUGGUCUUUGGACUUUUACUCUCGGCCGUUUGUGGUGGAGGUAAUCCAACACAAGCCGUCUUCUUCGCGAAGUGCAUUACAGCUCUUUCGCUUCCUCUUUCAGAGAGCUCUGAGAUACGGCGACAAGUCAAUUUCUGGUCGCUGAUGUAUUUGAUGCUCGCCUUUGUACAGCUGCUCGCUCUCACCUCUCAGGGUAUUGCGUUCUCUUACUGCGCAGAGCGCCUUACCCAUCGGGUUCGCGACCGAGCAUUUCGAUAUAUCCUCCGGCAAGACAUUGCCUUUUUCGACAAACGUUCCUCGGGUUCUCUCACUUCUUUCCUGUCCACUGAGACCUCCCACCUGGCUGGGCUGUCUGGGAUUACUCUUAUGACGAUUCUCUUGCUGGUCACCACCAUAGUUGCCGCCUGCGCCAUUGGUCUGGCCGUAGGGUGGAAGCUUAGUCUGGUGUGCAUGUCCACCAUCCCCCUCCUUCUCGCUUGUGGGUACUUCCGUUUGGCCAUGCUGGUCCGACUCGAGAAGGAGAAGAAGGAAGCUUACAAAAGUUCCGCGAGCUAUGCCUGCGAGGCCACUUCAGCCAUCCGAACCGUGGCUUCCUUGACCCGCGAGGCGGACGUUUGCAAUCACUACCACGAACAGCUCCUCUCGCAAGGCCGCAGCACAGUCAUCUUCGGGGCACAGUCUGCAGGGACCAUCUUCAGCUUUGCCCCAGAUAUUGCCAAAGCCACGCACGCUGCUGCUAGUCUCAAGGAUCUCUUCGAGCGGACGCCGGAAAUCGAUAGCUGGAGCCAUGAUGGCGAGAUGGUCCAGAGUAUAGCAGGCCAUGUCGAGUUCAGAAAUGUCCACUUCCGGUAMCCGACGCGACCAAACCAGCUCGUUCUGCGAGGUCUCAAUCUGCACGUCAAGCCCGGGCAGUACGUUGCGUUCGUCGGAGCUAGUGGAUGUGGCAAGUCCACUGCAAUUGCCCUCCUGGAGAGAUUCUACGAUCCAGUCCUCGGCGGAGUCUAUGUCGACGGCAAGGAAAUCUCGUCAUUCAACAUCAACAGUUACCGCUCCCAUCUCGCACUUGUCAGCCAAGAGCCAACGCUCUACCAAGGUACCAUCCGUGAGAAUAUUAUGCUGGGUACAGACCGAGAUGACGUUUCGGAAGACGAAAUGGUGCUAUGCUGCAAGAACGCAAACAUCUACGAUUUCAUCAUCAGUCUGCCAAACGGUUUCGAUACCCUCGUUGGUAGCAAGGGCAGCAUGCUGUCAGGUGGCCAGAAGCAACGUCUUGCAAUAGCUAGAGCAUUGCUCCGCAACCCCAGAAUCCUUUUGCUGGAUGAGGCCACUUCCGCUCUCGAUUCAGAGUCCGAAAAGCUCGUGCAAGCUGCUCUGGAUAAUGCAGCUAAAGGCCGCACGACGAUCGCCGUGGCGCAUCGUCUCAGUACGGUGCAAAAGGCAGACAUGAUCUAUGUCUUCAACCAAGGCCGCAUCAUCGAGUGUGGAACACAUUCUGAGCUGAUGCAGAAGCGGUCGGCAUACUUUGAGCUUGUCCGCUUGCAGAAUUUGGGCGAAAUGUGA